ACACCAUACCGCAAGUAGCCCAGCUCUGCGCUCAUCUUCCCUGCACCAAACCUCCUCUCGAUCAGACCAUGAAGCUCGGAGGACGACAAGGGAGGCUCAACAGAGCCUUGAGGGAGAAAAGGGCUAGGUUCUACAUUUUCCGCCGCUGCGUCGUCAUGCUGCUUCGCUGGAGCGACUAGACCGAUCUCCAUCACUCCAUGGGUGCCGUUUUGGUAGAGUUUAGGCGUAGUUGCUCUCUUGCUGUGUACAUACAGGAUGAGCACACCGUGUGGCUGGUUCUAGUGGCAAUCUCUCUCUCUCUCUCUCUCUCUCUCUCUCUCUCUCUCUUGUUUUCCUGCUUGCCUGUUGUUUCAGUAAAGGCAAGGGUGAUUGAUCGAUCCCGCUCUGUGGUCUGAGAUCGCCGUACUAUGUACUGCCCGAAGAAGAUUCAUUCAUAUGAACAGUCUUUUGUUACCGGCGAUGAUAAUAAACUAGCAAUAUCAU